CUCGGCUAUUUCCGGUUACUUUACGGAGGUUACCGGCAAGGGUCAAAGGUUACCAUAAAUAUUGUUGUUUGAAGUUGCAACUAGUCAGUGUUUUUUUUUAAAUUCUCCGGAUUUUAAGUAUUUAUUAUAACAGAAGAUGGAUAAUUGUGGAUAUAAAACAAUGCUACCGGUAUUCUGAAAGCUGUGAUUGAAUUGAGACUGUAGUUUCCAAUUUGCCAGUUGCCAUUACAAGGCAUUGUAAAACAUGCCACAUUUGUUUCCAUGGUUACUUGGAGGUCAUCACUAUGACAGCAUACAUAACCUCACAAAAGGUAACUGUAGUGAUGGAGUACGAUGGUUGUAUGUGUUACUUGGUGACUGUGUGACAAAUUCAAAUGAAUAUGCAUCUGAUAUUUUUGGAUUGCUGUCCAUUGCAUUAUGGGUAUUUGUUAGUACACCUCAAAUGGUCAGCAAUUGUAGAAAUAUCCAAGGUGUGGCUGGAAUAUCAGUAUUCCUCAUAACCCAGUGGACAUUAGGGGACACCACAAAUCUGAUUGGAAGUAUAUUGACGGGGCAGAUGCCAUUACAGAUAUAUUUGGCAGUUUAUUUUGUUUUUUCUGACUUAGUUUUGUUUUCACAAUAUAUAUGGUAUCAGGUCUGGAGAAGAAAGCAGAAAAAGAAAGCACAGCACCAACCCUCAACUUUAAUAUUAUGUCUAACAGUUGGUUUUCUGGUAAUGAAUGGAUUAUUCCAGGGAUACCUACCUUCAUCUAGACCAUUACCAGCUAGACAUCACCCUGCAGGCAGAAAUCUUCUUCAUGUAGAAAUAUUUCACGGUAUAGAAGAUGAAGUAGGAUAUGCAAUAGGUGUUAUAUCUAGUUUAUUUUAUAUAGGAUCUAGACUAGCACAGUUAUAUAAAAAUUAUAAAAGAAAGUCUACAGAUGGCCUGUCUCUGAUGAUGUUCUGGUUGGCUAUACUUGGUAAUGUGACUUAUGGACUGUCUAUAUUAGUUAGAUCCAUAGAACCAGACUGGAUUGUCAUGCAUCUUCCCUGGUUGGUUGGCAGUCUUGGUGUUGUCUUAUUGGAUGUGUCUCUAGUUAUACAGUUUCGUAUUUAUAGUGCCACAGACUUUGAAAGACUGUCUAAUGAGAAAAUGACAGAAGAAGAAAUCCAAGUGGAUGCUAAUGGUGUGGUUAACUAUGGUGGACAUGAGAAUUAUGGGUCUAUCAAUAAUCCAGAUCCUGUUCCUGCUGUGUACUCAAAUAUUAGACAUUGAUUACAAUUGUUUAUGUGUUGAGAUCUUAUGUGUUAUUGAUUAUGUAGGUAUAUGUGAACCACAACAUCAAGUGUUCCAACAAAAUACAGCGUAGCCUUAAGAAUUCGUUACUUUAAUCUAUAUUUCUUAUAAUCUAAUUUGGAUGUAAAACUUCUACUGAUUGGCUGAUUUUUUUGUGUCUAUCAGCUCAUAGACAUAAUUUUAUCAUGUGACUGUGACGUAAUUUACGUUUUUAAUUGAUUGUCUCCUUAGAACUGGAAUUUAACAAUAAAUUGUUAUAAUUUAAUUUAUUGUAAUAUUUUUUUCUGUCUAUUUAGAAUAACCUAAAAAAAGUGGUGACACAUUUAAAUAACCAACUAUGUGAGAUAUUCAGAAUGCACCACAUUUUUAAUGUUAUUCUUCGUAUACAUUUCUUAAAUUACUCUAAAAGAUAUUAAAAUUUAUUGUAGGGUCAUUUCUGGUUCAAUUUUGACUAAUUUGGUAUCAAAAGAAGCAAACUUGUCACAGGUUUAUUAAAUUAUUUGGUUGUAUUUUUGUUGUAAAGCAUUUUCAUUCUAUGAUGAUAUAAACAUAACAUGAGCAUUUCAGCAUCCUUCAACAUAUAGCUUUUAACAAAUAUUUUUUUUUAAAAAGCCUUCAAGAUGAUUUUUUUUAUACUUUUUUUUUAUUAUUAUUAUUAUAUUUUUUUAAAUACUGGUAAUUCUUUAUUUAAAGAGGGUUACACUGUUAGUUAUGAAAUAUAUAUAUAUAUACACUUUAUGAAAAAUGACACAUACUUUUCACUAUAUACUGUUCAUAUUCUGCAGAAAGCAGACUAACUUCCUUGUAGAAUUUUUCAAAACUAUGUAUUCAAGGGUCUUUUAAAUUUGAUCACAUUAAAUGCAAUUUGGCAUGCACAAAAAAAUCACAAUAUAUUAAGGUUUAUAUCAAAGGACAAUGUGCAAUGUGCCCAAAAUGUAUAUUAUAAGUUAUCUGAGUUCAUAUCCGUAGAUAUGGAUAUUUUGAUACCCUGAAGUACCCCAGUACACCAUGAGGCGUAAAAAUCUAUGGAUAUGAACAUAGAUAACAAAUUUAUCCCCAGUCUUAGUCAGAAUCGGGUGAGUUUUAUGGAAAUUCUGGUACAAAGUGUAACGUGAAAACAACGUUUUUUUCAUUAUCUAAAGAAGUUUUAUUGAAAUUUGGGAAAUUUUACAUAUUUUUUACGGGGUGUAGGGUACUACUUUUUUUUUUUUUUUUAUCUAUACAUGUUAUAAGUUUGAAACCUUCAAAUGAGCAACAACCAAUUUUAUUUUUGUAAUUUUAAAUGUACCAUUUUACAGGAUUUAUAUGAUUUCACAUGAAGUGGCCAUUCUGAUUUCGAAACUGUUGAAUUUUAAAAUACAGAGUUUUAUUUCCCAUCUUCAGUUAUUUUCCUUCUUUAGAUUUUUACAGAUUAUCAUUGAUGAUUUUAAGCUAAAAAAGUUAAGAGUGAUAUGAAAAAGGGGGUGAAUACACCCUCUACCCCUUGCAUAUGCCACCGAUUCCUUUGUUUUAUUAACAUCAUUAAAUGUAUGUGAAUAUAAAAAUAUUCACUCAUAUGUUUUACCAUUUUAGAAAAUUGCCUGUAGUUUUCUGGAAGAACCAAACAAACUAGUAAAAAUAGUGUUGGAAUUUACAAAUUAGAUUCAUGAAUUUUAUACACUUAUUUUUUAAAGCGUAGAAAGAAAAAAGAUCAUUAUAUAUUACUGAGCAAUAGGAUUUGAUUUUUGUAUUAGUCAAUAUACACAUGUAAAUAUUAUCUUGAACUGUGUACAAUCUUCCACGAUUACAGAUUUUUUUUAUUUUACCUCCUUAAUUUGGGCAUUUUUAUUGGUUAUGUUUCAUAUUUCCAGUAUAAUUUAAGAUAUAUUAUCUAUUUUAAGCAUAAUAAAUGAAGUGACAAAUUGUCUUUCAGUUCUUUCAGAAAUUGUAAAGUGUUUUAAAAUAUGAUUCAUGUAUAAUCUACAUUUUAUAGUUUAUUAUGUUUGUCAUUUUAAUGCCAGGAUAAUUUUAAAAUGAAUUAGAUGUACAUGGAAAUUGAAUGGUGCUUUUUCUCAUAUAUUCAAUAUUUUUUAUUUCAUGUUUGUUUUAAAUUUAUCAAUAUACACAUGUACUGUAAAUUCAGAAAUUAUUGCGCGCCUUUAUUAUUGCGAUUCUGUCAUUUUAGAUUUAAAUGCGAUUUUAAUUUUUACGAUUUUGAGAAAAAUCCUGUUAAAUUCAUAUUAAAUAUUUCAAAUGCGGGUUUAAAUUAUUGUGUUUACAACUCAGUCGCAUUUUUCGCAAUAAUAAAAACCUCGCAUUAAUUUCUGAAUUAACAGUACAUAAAGCUUAUAUGUACUCCAAUAAGCCAUUAUUAUUUGUUUGUAAGUUAUAGUAUUGUUUGUUUAUUUUUAUUUGUUAUACACAGAAGAUCUUUUUCUCACCUCUCAUGAGAAGCAAUCUCAGUAAAUGUAUGAAAACUUUAUAUUUUUUACUAGAACAAAAAACAUCAGUGGCGGAUUCAGAAUUUUUUUUAAAAGGGGAGGGGAACUGACUUCCAUGAGAGGGGACCCGCUUCAAUCAUUCCCUAUUCUUUAUUGAUUAGGAUUGCCAGUUUUCCUGUCGAAAGUCUGUUGUAUUUUGUUGGGAAUCCAUCUUUCUUUUCUAAUAAAAAGGUGGAUGCCAUGAUAUAGCCAAAAUGCUGAAAGUGACAUUAAACAUCAAUUUUCUAAUAACCACUAUUGGUGGUAACUAUUUGGUGAAUGUUAGUCGUUUUGGAUUCACUUUGAAUGAUCAUUCUGUAUAUAUGUGUAAACUUUUAGGUUUUCUAUACAUUUUAUUGUUAAAACUUUAACAAAGAGCCACAUUCUGAAUAUUUUUGGAAAGUGAGUUUAAUGGAUGAGCAAAAAAGCUUCACAAUGUGUCUGUAUUGAAAACCUGAUCAUCUGUUCAUUCUACUUUUGAUGGUCUCCACCCUCAUCCUUUGAAAGUUAUACAUUUGAUGAAAACAAUCUUUCUUCAUACAUUGUGACGUUAAACUUGCCCGUUCAUGGAUAUGUCAUUUUGUUGUUUUGCCAUAUUCUGCAUAAAAUCUGAUGGUAAAUUUGUACUUUGUGUACAUUUGAAUUUGUCGUUCAUAUGUAUCCAGGAAAACCACGAAAAUUGAUAUCCAACAAAAAUUGAUGAAUCCACAGUAGAUUAUAUAUGUCAAGGUUGUAUAUCAAGACUGUUAUCAUCUACAUGUUAUCACUACCAAUCAUCAGCUAUCACCAUGUUUCAGAUUGAAUGAGUCCACAACAGCAAGAAUGCUUUCUUUGUAUUAUAUUGGAAAUAAUAAUUUUUGACUUGUUUUAGAAUAUUUUUUUAUUUCCAUUAUAAUAAUUCUUGUUACUUUUAUCUUAGUUACUUUGACUUUGUAGAUACAUGUAUGUAUAUAUGAUUGGAAAAUAUCUCACUAAACAUUAUGAUUAUAUGUCCCUUAUUAUGUACUGUUAUCCUUCUGUCAAAAGUUAGAACUUUAUAACCAGUCUUGUACUCUAAAUGCUUACAAUUGAAAUGUUAUUUGCUGAUAUAAAUCUAGUCAUUUCUCAUGUGUUGUAACCGUUUAUAUUAUUGUAAAAUUAUUUUAAGAAAAUUGUAUGUGAGAAAGUCAUUGUGAUUUUAAAUUUAUGAAAUGAACCUAAUAUAAUUUUUCAUGCAUAGUUGAUAAAACAUUCCCAAAUUUUUGUCAAAAACAUUCUGAUAUUGAUUAUAACCUUAAAGAGGUUUUGUUAAACAUGAGCUAAUGUUAACAUGUAUAAAAUUGUAUUACAUCCCUCCCUCAAAAAAUGCUGUUGUAAUGUCUGCAACCAUUGUUUCAAAGACAUAUCUCCCCAGGAACUUUUUGCUAUCUAUAGUCAAUGAACUUCAAGUUUCUCAUAAGUAGAUCAUAUACUACAUAGAAAUAAGUAGAUGUUUAUGAUUGGCAAUGAAACAACUAUUCACCAAAGUUCAAAUGAAGGGGAAUUCAGCAAAUAUAGGUAACUAUAUAUGUUUGCUGUAUUGGUAAUUUAAAAACCCAACAAGAUAUUUAGACAAAUUUUAAAAUAAGAUAACAUACAAAAAAAAUAUUAGAAAUUUAAUGGACUUCUUAAGUUAUAGAUCUGUUCUAAAAACACAUACUAUUUUUUUUUAUCUAUUUACAUGUAAACCUAUAAGAAACUUUAUUGGACUAUUUAAGUGUUUAUUUACUAUAUGUACAAUAUGUAUACUUCUUCCUGAUAAUAAACCUGUUUUACUGCCAA